AUGAGUGCUCUAGCAACAUCAGGGCUCUUCUUCAAGGAUGGCAAAAAACGAAUUGACUACAUCUUAGUUUAUAAAAAAUCCAAUCUCCAAAUAGAAAAAAGGAGCACUUUUGAAAAGAACCUGCGUGCGGAAGGACUGAUGUUAGAAAGAGAGCCAGCUGUUACAAGCCAUGAUAUUAUGUUUGUUAAAAUUCACUGUCCUUGGGAUACACUGUGCAAGUAUGCUGAAAGGAUGAACAUCAGGAUGCCUUUCAGGAAAAAAUGUUAUUACACUGACUGGAGGAGCAAAACCAUGGGCAGUCUGCAGAGGAAUAUGAGGGAACUGAAAAGCUGGUUGCCCAGAAAUCCAAUGAAACUUGACAAGGAAGCACUACCUGACCUGGAAGAAACAGAUUGCUAUACAGCACCCUUCAGUCGAGCACGCGUACAUCAUUUUACAAUCAACAACAAAGACAGUUUCUUCAGCAAUUCCACAAGAAGUAGGAUAGUACACCAUAUGCUGCAGAGGACAAAGUAUGAAGAUGGCAAAUCAAAAAUGGGCAUCAAUAGAUUACUCAGCAAUGGAACAUAUGAAGCUGCAUUUCCACCUCAUGAGGGAAGUCAUAAAAGCAGGCAUCCCAUCAAAACUCAUGGAGCUCAGAAUCAUCGACAUCUUUUAUAUGAACGGUGGGCACGGUGGGGGAUGUGGUACAAAUAUCAGCCUUUGGAUUUGAUCAGGCGAUAUUUUGGAGAGAAAAUUGGCCUUUAUUUCGCUUGGUUGGGAUGGUAUACUGGGAUGCUUAUUCCAGCGGCACUUGUUGGGCUGUUUGUUUUCCUUUAUGGAUUAUUUACGAUGGAUUCUAGUCAAGUAAGUGUAGAGAUUUGUGAGGCGAACGAAACCAUCAUGUGCCCUAUGUGUGAAAAGAAUUGCACACUUCAAAAACUGAAUGAAAGCUGCAUCUAUGCAAAGGUAAACUUUUAAAUUAUAAAUUUAAGCACACUGUUUUUCAUAUUACUAAUGGUUUUCAUAGCUACAGUUUUCUUAGAGUUCUGGAAAAGGCGGAGAGCUGUGCUAACCUAUGACUGGGAUCUAAUAGAUUGGGAGGAUGAAGAGGAAGAGCUUCGCCCCCAGUUUGAAGCAAAAUAUUCCCAAGUGGAGCGAGUCAAUCCCAUAACAGGAAAGCCUGAACCUUUUCAACCAUUCCCUGACAAACUUAGUCGACUGAUGGUGUCUGUGUCAGGAAUAUUCUUCAUGAUAUCAUUAGUACUCACAGCUGUAUUUGCAGUUGUAGUAUACCGCUUGGUGGCUAUGGAACAGUUUGCCUCUUUCCAGUGGUAUUUUAUCAAAAAGUACUGGCAGUUUGCAACAUCAGGCACAGGAGUCUGUAUCAACUUUAUGAUCAUCAUGUCUCUUAAUGUUGUAUAUGAGAAGGUUGCCUAUCUCUUAACAGAUUUAGAACAUCCUCGAACAGAUUCAGAGUGGGAAAACAGUUUUGCCUUGAAAAUGUUUCUCUUCCAAUUUGUCAACUUAAACAGUUCUAUUUUCUACAUUGCUUUUUUCCUUGGAAGAUUUGCUGGACGUCCCGGAAAAUACAACAAACUUUUUAACAGAUGGAGACUGGAAGAGUGUCAUCCUAGUGGCUGCUUAAUAGACCUCUGCCUGCAAAUGGGUGUUAUCAUGGUUUUAAAGCAAAUGUGGAACAACUUCAUGGAACUUGGCUAUCCGUUGCUACAAAACUGGUGGUCACGACGCAAGAUCAAGAAAGGAGGGCAGUUAUUGGAGCAUAAAUUUUCUCUACCUCAGUGGGAAAAAGAUUGGAAUCUACAGCCAAUGAAUCUUCAUGGUCUGAUGGAUGAGUACUUAGAGAUGGUUUUACAGUUUGGCUUUACUACCAUCUUUGUAGCUGCUUUUCCACUGGCUCCUCUUCUGGCAUUGCUCAACAACAUUAUAGAAAUUAGACUUGAUGCUUAUAAGUUUGUUACACAGUGGAGGCGGCCAAUGCCUGCAAGAGCGACGGAUAUAGGAAUUUGGUAUGGAAUACUUGAAGGAAUAGGAGUCCUGGCUGUAAUCACCAAUGCUUUUGUUAUCGCCAUUACUUCUGACUAUAUCCCACGAUUUGUUUAUGCCUACAAAUACGGCCCUUGUGUUGAUCAAGGAUACAGGCAGGAAAAAUGUUUGAAGGGAUAUGUCAACAGUAGUUUAUCAGUAUUUGAUCUGAGUGAGCUUGGCAUGGGAUAUUCAGGAUACUGCAGGUACAGAGAUUAUAGAGCACCUCCCUGGAGUUCAACACCUUAUGAGUUUACCUUGCAGUUCUGGCAUGUUCUAGCAGCUCGAUUGGCCUUUAUUAUAGUAUUUGAGCAUCUCGUUUUUGGAAUAAAAUCUUUCAUUGCCUACUUAAUACCAGACAUGCCCAAAGAUUUGUGUGACAGGAUGAGGAGGGAGAAAUAUUUAGUUCAGGAAAUGAUGUAUGAGGCGGAAUUAGAGCAUUUGCAGAGAGAACGGAAAAAGAAUGGCAAACAGUAUCACCACGAAUGGCCUUAG